UUUACUAGAGAGAUUGGAAAAGUCAUUUUUACUAUCAGAUCGGAGUAACAGCAGGGCCAAAGAUGAAGGGACUUCAGCAACCAUAAAUCAAACAAAAGAACUCAGAAGUUCUGUAAAAACAAUAAUAAAAAAAGACAACGACUACUCAGCAGACGAUAAAUUAUUGAAACAGACUGGACGCGCUCUGAACCACAGAGAAAUCCAGACGAUAACCGGCAUGCAGUUACCUUGCCCAGGAAAACACAGCACGUUUGGGGUUUUGCUACUAACGACACUUUCCUUCUAUAUCUACGCGUCGCUCAAUGGAUGGACAAAUGUGGUUUUCUCAAGGAACAAUCGCCUUGGAUUCAGCAAGAACGUCACAGGCGUUUACCUACAGGGAUCUGCACCAACGAGGAAAGGAAAUCUAACGAAUGGCCACCAGGCCUCUUCUAGCCCUACAAGCUCCCCGCUUGGUAGAUCUACCCCGACCCCUGAGUCCUCUCCCACACCGAGCCUACCCCAAGAUGUGGCGUCGUCAUUUCACCGAGUGCCCGGGGAGAACAUCUGGGUCUACUCUGUCUUCUACGAACCCUUCAAGGCGGAGCUCGGGGGUCCGGGGGUCAGAGGGAUCGGCCUGGCGCCGGUGAAGAACGAGGCUAGUGUAUAUUGUCACGUGACUUUUGUCGACGGAUCCAGGACAAUCGUCCGCAGCAACAUCGUGCGUUCUAGAGACAGCCACGGCUUGAG